CUAUUGUAUCCAUUUCUACUCAUAAAUUCUUCAUAUAAUCCUCAUUAAAUUUAUUUUUAACAAGCAAUAUUUAGAAAUACUAAACAUACCUAGGCUUCUUGCUCUUAAUUGGGAAGGUCGGGUCUCACAUGUCUAGGCUUAUUUCUCUUAAUUGGGAAGUUCAAGUCUCACAUGUCUAUCGGGAGGGUAAUAUCGUGGUUGAUUACCUGGCUUCCACGGGACACGAUCUCUCUGUGGGUGUUCAUUUUUGUGAACCGCCUAACACGAGACUCAAUUAUUGAUUGUACUACGAUUUAAUCGGGAGUCAAUCCUCCCAUUUGGUUAAUACACAAGGUUUAGAGCGUCCCCCUUCACGCUGUUUUUCAAAAAAAAAAUUACUGAACAUUACCAAUCAAUCAUGAAUAGUUUUCUCCCUAAAUCCUCAUGUUUUCUGUCAAAUGUAAUUCAAUUCUAUGAUGUGGGCUUGUUGUACUCAACAGGGCCCAAAGAUAGAUCCAUGUGAAAACAAAAGCCCACAGCCCAUUUUUAAUAAUGACCGGUGCCCAUAUUCAUCUCCUCCAGUUCCAGUAGACGGUGGUGGGAGUGUGAUUGCUAUUUGCUAGUCAGGGUCGUGGACGAGCAAUGACGGCGAAGAUUUCUGACCUUCCCGCCGGCGCUAACCCCAAAACCACCUCCAGUUCAAGAGCCCUCCAACAGCACCUCUUCUCCCUGCUCAGCCGCUGCAAGCAUCUCCAGUGUCUUACUCAGCUCCACACCCAGAUCGUAAUCAACGCCUACACCCAGAAAAGCUUCAUUCUCGCGAAGCUUCUCUCCUCCUACUUAGAUUCCGGCCGCCUCCUCUCCGCCGUCCGUGUUUUCGGAGACUUGGAAGCCCCGAGUACCACAGUAUGGAAUCAAGUCAUCAGAGGUCACGCUCGGAGCGAAACGCCGUACAACUCUGUCCGACUCUUCGAUCAAAUGGUUGCCAGGGGAGCCGAGCCAGAUGGGUUCACGUAUUCCUUGGUCUUCAGCGCCUGCGCCAAGUCUGGGUCCUUGACAGAAGGCGAGCAGCUUCACGGGAGGGCUUUGUCGACUGGGCAUUGCUCGAACAACGUGUUUGUGAAUACCAGCUUGGUCAAUAUGUACGCCACGGCGAGCGGUGGAUCCCGAAUGGACUGCGCCCGUCAGGUGUUCGACGAAAUGGGUGAAAGAAAUGUCACCACUUGGACCACCCUGAUCGCUGGGUACCUGCGGGGCGGGGAUUUUGAUUCAGCCAACCAGGUGUUCGAUGAAAUGCCUGAGAGAAACGUUGUCGCCUGGACCGCUAUGAUUGCUGCCCACGCACGAAGUGGCAAGUGCAAGAAAGCUUUGUGCCUGUUCAAUGAGAUGAGGAACGCUGGGGUCGAACCGGACCAGGUGGCUCUGGUGGCGGCAUUGUCAGCUUGUGCUGAACUCGGGGAUUUGGAGCAGGGGAAGUGGAUUCACUCCUACGUUACAGCGUCGUACAGUGCUCGAAACAAGCCGGUACUCGUGUCUCUGAACAACUCACUCAUCCAUAUGUAUGCUAGCUGCGGCAUGAUUGAGCAAGCUUACGAGGUGUUUCGUUGGAUGCCGGAGAGGACGAUCGUGUCUUGGACUAGCUUAAUCGUUGCAUUCGCCAAAUCCGGCUACGCGGAAGAGGCCCUGGCUGUGUUCCAUCAUAUGCAAACUCUGGAAGCCAGAGAAGCAAAGCCUGAUGGAAUAACAUUUCUUGGAGUUCUCUGUGCUUGCAGCCGUGGUGGAUUCGUUGACGAAGGUCGCCGAUUCUUCAAGGAAAUGAGCUCUAUCUGGGGUGUUAGCCCUAGGAUUGAACAUUAUGGAUGCGUGGUUGAUUUGUGCAGCCGUGCUGGACUCCUGGAUGAAGCAACCGAGCUGAUCAAGACCAUGCCAAUGAAGCCAAAUGAGGCCAUAUGGGGUGCUGUUCUUGGUGGCUGCAGAAUACACAGGAAAGCCGAACUCGCUUCCGAUGUGGCUCGAAAGCUGGUUGGCGAGCUUGAUCCGAAUCGAGCUGCUGGCUAUCUCUUGCUGUUGGCUCAUGUCUAUGCAACUGAUGAUAGAUGGCAAGAUGUUGCCACCGUGAAGCAAAAGUUGGUCGAGAUUGGCGCCAGGAAGCCUGCUGGCCGUAGUUGGAUUGAAGUGUAGGGUUGUUUAGUCAAUACUAUUAGUGUAAUAUUGUUCCAAUGGAGGGACGUGCAGACGAAUUAGCAGUAGGGUGAGCUACUGUCAGUCAACAUCCUGCACACCUCGUUUCAUAAGUUUAUCCUCCUUGUCAAUGCCACGUGGAUCAAUAGGAACUAACGUCACCCAUGUCGCACUUUUAAUAUAUAGCAAGCACAAGG